ACGAGCACAGACACCCCCGGGAGCGAGCAGCAGCGGACGCGGGGACGAGCACGAGCACAGACACCCCCGGGAGCGAGCACCAGCGGACGCGGAGACGAGCACAGACCCCCGGGAGCGAGCACCAGCGGACGCGGAGACGAGCACCAGCGGACGCGGGGACGAGCAGAGACUCCCGGGAGCGAGCAGCAGCGGACGCGAGGACGAGCACCAGUGGACGCGGAGACGAGCACCAGUGGACGCGGAGACGAGCACAGCCCCCUCUCCCUGGGGCGCUCCCUCGCUGCCCCCGGUCGGGGUCGGGAUGAUGGAGGAGGAGGAGGAGGAGGAGUCGCGGAGGGAGCGCCUCCAUUUCCGUGUGUGCCGCUUCAUCCUGGAGUCGGGGGUGAAGCUGGGCCUGGGCUCGUUGCCGCUGGCCUCGGCCUGCACCAUCUACCACCGCUUCGUUGCCCGCACGGCGCCGGGCGCCUACGACCCUUACCUGGUGGCCACGGCCGCCAUCUUCCUGGCCGGUAAAGUGGAGGAGCAGCACCUGCGGGCCCGCGAUAUCCUCAACGUCUGCCACCGCUACCUCUACCCUCGCCUGCCGCCGCUACAGGUCCACCGCCAACUUUUCAGCAUUCUUGGUUCCAGAGGCUUGCCGGUUUAUGUUUUGCUGGACCAACAGAGGUCACGGCCUCGGAGGAGUCAGAACGGGUUGUGUGGGCCGCAGGGGGGCCGAGAUACCGGCCUACAAAGUUGGCCUCAUAGGUCGGCUGUGGGAAUGGAUCUGCCGACUCUGGCUGGACCGAAGUUCCAGAGCCCCGGCCGCCGGGGGCAAAUUCGAUCUGCCGAUCGCCCAUGGAAGUCAUGAUUCGGUCAAGAUCAGCCACCUCACCCUGCCUAGACGCCAUAUUUUCAGGGCAGUUUUCCGAGGGGGAUUUCAAGUGUGCUCUCCUAAUUUUGUCCAGAUUAAAGUAGUUGCUGGAAAAUCGGUGAUGGACCUGUACUAUAAUAGCAUUUAAAAGACGCUUGGAUACAUGGGUAGGAAAGAUCUACAGGGAGGGAUAUGGGCCAAGCACGGGCAAAUGGAACCAACUUGGAUGGCGCGUCUUGCUCAAUGUGAACGAUUUUGGCUGAAAACUCUGUUUCUGUGCAGUUUGACUGACUUUAUAUUGGUAUUGUGAAUAUUAAAAAAAAUGAAAAUUUCCAAAGAAUUGUUGAGCAACUAUUUCAAAUUUAAAUGGAGUGAAUUAUUGUUCAUAAUAAACUUGCCUUCAUGUAAUCUUGGUUUUACUUGUUAUGUACAUAAAUAUUUCAACAUCACUCAUUGGAAUUAACUUCCCUGAAAUGAUGUGUAACUAAAUUAAUAUGUGCAGUUGUACCUACAAUAUAUGGAUUUAUGAUUAUUGUUAUUAAUCUAGCUUUCUUUCACUAAUAAACCAUAUAACAAUUACAGCACGGAAACAGGCCAUCUCGGCCCUACAAGUCCGUGCCAAACAACUUUUUUUUCCCUUAGUCCCACCUGCCUGCACUCAUACCAUAACCCUCCAUUCCCUUCUCAUCCAUAUGCCUAUCCAAUUUAUUUUUAAAUGAUACCAACGAACCUGCCUCCACCACUUCCACUGGAAGCUCAUUCCACACCGCUACCACUCUCUGAGUAAAGAAGUUCCCCCUCAUAUUACCCCUAAACUUCUGUCCCUUAAUUCUGAAGUCAUGUCCUCUCUUAUUGAAUCUUCCCUAUUCUCAAAGCUAAAGCUUCCCUAUUCUUCCCUAUUCUCAAAGGGACAAACUGAACUACUGAAACAGUUGCUGUGCUUCUCUGGGAUAUAUGUGCACAUGUCAAGCUAAUUAUGGAAUUGUGCUAACUGAAACAUUUCCCAAUAUUACAAGUAAUUGUUCAUUGCAACACUUCUUACCAUCUGUGUUGCGAUGAAAUAGUUUGUGUUCUACACAUUUUACUAAAUGGGCUGAAAUUUCCAUAAUAAUUAUUGCAAAGAGUUAAGGCAUUUACACUGGUCUUUGCAGCAAACUGAUUUCCCUUGCCACUAACUAUCCCCACCUGAGCAACACUCUGAGGCUAAAUAGGUCUGCCCUCCAUCACUGGUGGUCGAAUAUCAGCUGCUAUGGCCCUAGGUUCUGGUAUUGCCUCUCCAUUUCUUAUGGAGCUCUUUGUAUCUUUUAAACACUACUUAAAUUUGUUUUGUCAGAUUUUUGUUCAACUGCCCCAGUGGCUAGGAAUUACUUCAGCUACCUGUCAUAUGUCUUGGGCUGUUUUACUUAUCCAGUUCUGUUUCUUACUUCCAUUCAUUUGUCUCUGAUAAUCUUGAUUAAGAUCUGAACAAAACGUUGCUUUCUGUUAAUUUAUUUAGACAUAAAUCACACAGAAAAAGCUCAGCCAUGAAAUUGUUUUGGGAUUUGCACUAUUGACAUUGGGCCAGUUCUACAGACAAUCUACUUGACCACCUACCUGUACAUUUGUAGCCACAAGGAGCUGCAUAUGCUGAAAUCUUGAACAAAACAGAACUGGAUCAGGCAUCAUUUGGGGAAGGAAUGGAUGGGUAACUUCAGAUUGGGAUCCUUCUUCAGACUGUACUUCCGAUCUGAAACAUCGCCAGUCUAUUCCCUCCACAGAUGAUGACUGACAUGCAGAGUCCCUCCACCACUUUGUGUUUUACUUGACCUUUUCUGUAAUGAACAUUUAUCCUAGAGUUAUCACAAUUGACCUCAAUAUGCAAAUCUAAAUUUGAAUUUGGUGAAACCAUUGCACUUGUGGCUUGCAUCAAAAACAUCCCCCAUGAAGAUCUAGUGAUCUCAGUACCAUUUCAGCUUUCAGUCCAAUGGAAUUCGAUAAUGUGUUCAGUAGUGGCAAUGCUAUCAAAUUGGCAACCAGUCGAUCAUGGUGAAAAGCGCUCAUAGGCCAUACAACUUGAAGCAAAAUCAUUCUAACCAUUAUAUAAAGAGAUGUCUGAAGACUGGAAUGUGUAUCUGUUUUAAAUAAUAAUAAGAAUGUAUCAAAAUCAACAAUAAAAAUCGGGGAAAAUGA